GCCGGGGCCCGGGCCGGCUCGCGCGGGGGGGUAUGAUGACCCGGCGGCGGGGCCCCGGAUCUCGUCUCCUCCGCCGCCUCCUUACAGCAGCCCCAGCUCGCGGCUGAGAACCAGACCCACCGGCGGAAUGGCAUCACAGCUGCAGGUGUUUUCCCCCCCAUCAGUGUCGUCGAGUGCCUUCUGCAGUGCGAAGAAGCUGAAAAUAGAGCCCUCUGGCUGGGAUGUUUCUGGACAGAGCAGCAACGACAAAUAUUAUACCCACAGCAAAACCCUCCCAGCCACACAAGGGCAAGCCAGCUCCUCUCACCAGGUAGCAAACUUCAGCAUCCCUGCGUACGACCAGGGCCUCCUCCUCCCUGCUCCUGCGCCGGAGCACAUCGUCGUAACGGCUGCGGAUAGCUCGGCCAGCGCUGCUACAUCGACCUUCCAGAGCAGCCAGGCCCUGACUCACAGAAACAACGUUUCUUUGCUUGAGCCAUAUCAAAAAUGUGGAUUGAAAAGAAAAAGUGAGGAAGUUGACAGCAACGGUAGCGUGCAAAUCAUAGAAGAACAUCCCCCUCUCAUGCUGCAAAACAGGACUGUGGUGGGUGCCGCUGCCACAACCACCACUGUGACCACGAAGAGUAGCAGUUCCAGCGGAGAAGGGGAUUACCAGCUGGUCCAGCAUGAGAUCCUUUGCUCUAUGACCAACAGCUAUGAGGUGCUGGAGUUCCUAGGCCGGGGAACAUUUGGACAGGUGGCAAAGUGCUGGAAGCGGAGCACUAAGGAAAUCGUGGCUAUUAAAAUCUUGAAGAACCACCCUUCCUAUGCCAGACAAGGACAGAUUGAAGUGAGCAUCCUGUCCCGCCUCAGUAGUGAAAAUGCUGACGAGUAUAAUUUUGUUCGUUCUUACGAGUGCUUUCAGCAUAAGAAUCACACCUGCCUUGUGUUUGAGAUGCUGGAGCAGAACUUGUAUGAUUUUCUAAAGCAGAACAAGUUUAGCCCACUGCCACUCAAGUACAUCAGACCGAUCUUGCAGCAGGUGGCCACGGCCCUGAUGAAGCUCAAGAGCCUUGGUCUGAUUCACGCUGACCUUAAGCCUGAAAACAUAAUGCUGGUUGAUCCAGUGCGCCAACCCUACCGAGUGAAGGUCAUUGACUUUGGUUCUGCCAGUCACGUUUCCAAAGCUGUGUGCUCAACCUACUUACAGUCACGUUACUACAGAGCCCCUGAAAUUAUUCUUGGAUUACCAUUUUGUGAAGCUAUUGAUAUGUGGUCAUUGGGCUGUGUGAUAGCUGAGCUGUUCCUGGGAUGGCCUCUUUAUCCUGGUGCUUCAGAAUAUGAUCAGAUUCGUUACAUUUCACAAACACAAGGCCUGCCCGCUGAAUACCUUCUCAGUGCUGGGACAAAAACAACCAGGUUUUUCAACAGAGAUCCUAAUUUGGGGUAUCCGCUGUGGAGGCUUAAGACACCAGAAGAACAUGAAUUGGAGACUGGAAUCAAAUCAAAGGAAGCUCGAAAGUACAUUUUUAAUUGUUUAGAUGACAUGGCUCAGGUGAAUAUGUCCACAGACCUAGAGGGAACAGACAUGUUGGCAGAGAAGGCGGAUCGAAGAGAAUACAUUGAUCUGCUAAAAAAAAUGCUAACGAUUGAUGCAGAUAAGAGAAUUACUCCCCUGAAAACUCUUAACCAUCAGUUUGUGACAAUGACUCACCUUUUGGAUUUUCCACAUAGCAAUCAUGUUAAGUCUUGUUUUCAGAACAUGGAGAUCUGCAAGCGGAGGGUUCACAUGUAUGAUACAGUGAGUCAGAUCAAGAGUCCCUUCACUACGCACGUUGCCCCAAAUACAAGCACAAAUCUAACCAUGAGCUUCAGCAACCAGCUUAAUACAGUGCACAAUCAGGCCAGUGUUCUAGCUUCCAGUUCUACUGCAGCAGCUGCUACUCUUUCUCUGGCUAAUUCAGAUGUCUCCCUGCUGAACUACCAGUCGGCUCUGUACCCAUCAUCUGCCGCAGCAGUUCCUGGAGUUGCCCAGCAGGGUGUCUCCCUGCAGCCUGGAACCACCCAGAUUUGCACUCAGACAGAUCCAUUCCAGCAGACAUUUAUAGUAUGUCCACCUGCUUUUCAGACUGGCCUGCAAGCAACGACGAAGCAUUCUGGAUUCCCUGUGAGGAUGGAUAACGCUGUGCCCAUCGUGCCCCAGGCACCAGCCGCCCAGCCGCUGCAGAUCCAGUCAGGAGUCCUUACGCAGGGAAGCUGUACACCACUAAUGGUAGCAACUCUUCACCCUCAAGUAGCCACCAUCACACCGCAGUACGCGGUGCCCUUUACUCUGAGCUGCGCAGCCGGCCGGCCGGCGCUGGUUGAACAGACUGCCGCUGUACUGCAGGCUUGGCCUGGAGGAACCCAACAAAUUCUCCUGCCUUCAACUUGGCAACAGUUGCCUGGGGUAGCUCUACACAACUCUGUCCAGCCCACAGCGGUGAUUCCAGAGGCCAUGGGCAGUGGCCAGCAGCUCACAGACUGGAGGGGCGCCCACUCUCACGGCAGCCAGUACGGCGCUAUCAUGCAGCAGCCGUCCUUGCUGACCAACCACGUGACGCUGGCCGCUGCUCAGCCCCUGAAUGUCGGCGUUGCCCAUGUCGUCAGACAGCAGCAAUCUAGUUCCCUCCCUUCAAAGAAGAAUAAGCAGUCUGCUCCAGUCUCCUCAAAGUCCUCUCUGGAUGUCCUGCCUUCUCAAGUCUAUUCUCUGGUUGGGAGCAGUCCCCUCCGUACCACCUCUUCUUAUAACUCCCUAGUUCCCGUCUCAGACCAGCAUCAGCCAAUCGUCAUUCCAGAUACCCCCAGCCCUCCUGUGAGUGUCAUCACCAUCCGCAGUGACACGGAUGAAGAAGAGGACAACAAGUAUAAGCCCAGUAGCUCCGGCCUGAAGGCAAGGUCUAAUGUCAUCAGUUAUGUCACUGUCAAUGAUUCUCCAGACUCUGACUCUUCCUUGAGCAGCCCGUAUUCCACUGAUACCCUGAGUGCCCUCCGGGGCAAUAGCGGACCCCUUGUGGAGGCGCCUGGCAGAGUCGUGGGGGAGGGUGCCGGCACCCGCACCAUCAUUGUGCCUCCACUGAAAACGCAGCUUGGCGACUGCACGGUAGCAACCCAGGCCUCAGGUCUCCUGAGCAGUAAGGCCAAGCCGGUGGCUUCAGUGAGCGGGCAGUCAUCUGGAUGCUGUAUUACCCCCACCGGAUAUCGAGCUCCGCGUGGGGGGACCAGUGCGGCACAGCCACUCAACCUUAGCCAGGCUCCACAAGCCAAGAGGGAUAUGAAGAACUUAGAGGAGAACGAAAGAAAACAAUGGCAAGAAAGAAAGAACCAGCAGUCGUCGUCAGCUCCAACCUCGCAGGAGAGAAGCAGCAACCCUGCGCCCCGCAGGCAGCAGGCGUUUGUGGCCCCGCUCUCUCAAGCUCCCUACGCCUUCCAGCAUGGCAGCCCACUGCACUCGACGGGGCACCCACACCUGGCCCCGGCCCCUGCACACCUGCCGAGCCAGCCUCACCUGUAUACGUAUGCUGCCCCCACCUCUGCUGCUGCAUUGGGCUCCACCAGCUCCAUUGCUCACCUCUUCUCCCCCCAGGGCUCCUCGAGGCACGCUGCGGCCUACACCACCCACCCUAGCACUCUGGUGCACCAGGUCCCUGUCAGCGUCGGGCCCAGCCUCCUCACUUCUGCCAGCGUGGCCCCUGCUCAGUACCAACACCAGUUUGCCACCCAGUCCUAUAUUGGGUCUUCCCGAGGCUCAGCCAUUUACACUGGAUACCCACUGAGUCCUACCAAGAUCAGCCAGUAUUCCUAUUUGUAGUUGGUGAGCAGAGGGAGGGGGCGCUCACGGCUGCCCGUUCCUGGCCCGGAAACUUCAGUAACAGCCUAUGAUGAGCUCCUUCCUUGCCCCCUCUUGAAACUCCGUAGCCAGCAACUCAUCCUGCAGGGGCCCCUGAAGCAGAAGGUUUCUCUGGGGGAACCUUUCUUAGUGUUGACUGCAUUGUUGUAGUCUCCCAAAGUCUGCCCUAUUUUUAAAUUCUUUAUUUUUGUGACAGCAUUUCUGGUAUUUGGAAGAGUUCAGAUGCCCAUCUUCUGCAGUUACCAAGGAAGAGAGGUCAUUCUGAAGUUACCCUUUGAAAAAAGUUUCUCUCUGACUUGAUUUCUAUAAAUGUUUUUAAAAUGAGUGAAGCCCCUCUUUAUUUAACUUUGUUUUAUUGUGAUUGCUGGUCGGAGGAAAAAUGCUGAUAGGAGGACUUGAAAUCUGGUAACAAGUGAGAAGAGAAAAAUCGUCAUGUUGUACUUGUUUAAAAAACCAAGACUUACCUGCUUCCUUUAAGAGCAGCUUACCCAAGUCUGUAUUUGACUAUCAGGCAUUUCUCCUCAAAAUUUUACCUUUCUUUAUAGGACGUUAGACUUACAGUGUUUUAGUUUUGUCUUCAUGUCACAUUAAACGUACUGGGCAAUUGUUAUUUUGCAAAACUGGUUAUAUACUGCUCUCUGUGUUACUGGUGGGAUUCUCUCAGUUGCUCCUGUGUUUAUUUUAAAGUAGUGUUAAAAAGGCAGCUCACCAUUUGCUGGUAACUUAGUGUGAGAGAAUCCAUAUGUACCGUGAAAGCACUAGGUAUUCUUUUUAAAUGAAGUACCAUGCAUCCUUCUUAAGUUAUUUUUUACAAGUCCUUCUCUCUCUGAUUCAGCUUAAAUGUUACUGGAAAAGCCAUUACGGUGGUUAUUGUUGUAUGGUGGUGAUUGUCUUAUUAUAUGCAAAAUCUCUGUGUAUUAUGCGAUACUGGCAUUGGUGAGCUUUGCCUAAAGGUUGUUGGCAUUGGUGAGCUUUGCCUGAAUAUUAAUAUGAAUUUUCAAUAACACACCUCUCUCUCUUUGCCUCAUCUCUCCCUUCUGUUCUAUGUGAUUUAUUUGGGGAGAAAGUAAAGAAUAUGAAACCAGAUAAGAACGUCGUGUAUAGCUUUUAUACUUUAAAGUAGCUUCCUUUGUAUGCCAGCAGCAAACUGAAUGCUCUCUUAUUAAGACUUAUACAAUAAGUGCAUGUAGGAAUUGCAAAAAAUAUUUUAAAAAUUUAUUACUGAAUUUAAAAAUAUUUUAGAAGUUUUGUAAUGGUGGUGUUUUAAUAUUUUGCAUAAUUAAAUAUGUACAUAUUGAUUAGAAAAAUAUAACAAGCAAUUUUUCUUGCUAACCCAAAAUGUUCUUUGUAAUCAAACGUGUAGUGAUUACACUUGAAUUGUGUAUUUAGUGUGUAUCUGACCCUCCAGUGUUACCCCGGAGAUGGAAUUGAUGUCUCCAUUGUAUUUAAACCAAAAUGAACUGAUACUUGUUGGAAUGUAUGUGAACUAAUUGCAAUUAUAUUAGAGCAUAUUACUGUAGUGUCGAACGAGCAGGGGCCUUGCCUGCAAGGAGAGGAGACCCUUGGAGUUGUUUUGCACAGGUGUGUCUGGUGAGGAGUUGUUCAGUGUGUGUCUCUUCCUCCCGUUCUCCUCCCUCCCCUGUCGUAGUGCCUUAUAUGAUGACGUAGUGGUCCCUAGAGUUCACAGUGAGCUUGCCUUAGGGCGGACCAGCAAGCCCGUGUGGACCCUAAGCUGUUCACGGGCAUUUAUCAGAACAGGAGCAGUCGCUGUGUCGUUUGAGUGCAUCAUUGUCAGUUCUCCCGCCGACACCGACCAAUAACAACAGCCGCUUUUCUCCUUUCCCGCCGCCUCUCCCCCUCUCCACUUCGGAAUCUCAGCUGAGUUCUCACAGAAGCCUUUCCCCGUGUGGCUCUCUCACGGUGCAUUGCCACCUUGCUGCUGGGGGAAUUUGGGAAGCAGGUGAGAGGAGUCAAGCCAACAUUAAAAUACGUGGUUUCUUUUCUUUUCUU